AAACAUCCCGUGGGAAAAAAAAAAUAUUUGAAGGUCAACUAUGGUUAUGUUUCUUAAUCUCCACCAAAUCAAAAUCACUAAUUUAUUUCAAUAAUUGGCCCUAAAUUUAAAUAAUAAUCCACAAAAGACAUAAAUAAAAGAAGGAAGUGAUCCCUUUUCUUUCUCCUGGAGACAUGGAAAUUCUUUUAAAGGGUAAAAUGUGAUGUCUAUCAAAAGAAAAAUGAAGCAUAUAGUUUUAUAGGUCAAUAAGCUACAUUAAAUAACUUCUUGGGAUCCAACCACCAGCAAUUAUAAUGCUAAAUUAAUUAUAUUUUAAAACCACAUGCAACCAUCUUCCUUUGGUAGAUAAAUACUUGUUAACUAUAGUGUUUAUCUCUAAUCACUACACACUAAUCACUCUAAUCUCCUAAUUUAUAGUGUCACAAAUAUGAGUGAUGAUGAAAAUGCAGUGCGUUUUGGCAUUCUUGGCUGUGCUAACAUCUCCAUCAAGCUAUGCAAAGCCAUAAACAAAGCACCAAACUCCAAGCUCCAUGCCAUAGCCAGUCGUUCGGUUGAAAAGGCUGAAUCUUUCGCGACCGAGCACAACCUACCUAAGACGGUUAAGGUUUAUGGAAAUUACGAGAGUGUGCUGGAAGAUGAUGAAGUGGAUGCCGUUUAUAUCCCUCUUCCGACAGGUUUGCAUGUGACAUGGGCGGUGAAGGCGGCGGAGAGACGGAAGCAUGUACUGCUGGAGAAGCCGGCGGCGAUGAGCGUGGCGGAGCUUGACCGGAUUCUUGAGGCUUGUGAGGCUCAUGGCGUGCAGUUCAUGGAUGGCACCAUGUGGAUGCACCACCCUCGAACGGCUAAAAUGAAGGAGGCUUUAUCUGAUGCUCAACGCUUUGGUCAACUCAAAUGGAUACACAGUUGUCUGACGUACAACCCUGGUCCUGAAUUUCUGAAAAGUAGCAUUCGCGUGAAGGCAGAUUUAGAUGGUCUUGGUGCCUUAGGAGACUGUGGUUGGUAUUGCAUCAGAGCCAUCUUAUGGGCUGUGGACUAUGAGCUUCCAAAAUCAGUGCUUGCAUUCCCAGGAGCCAUUCUCAACGAAGAAGGUGUCAUAAUCUCUUGUGGCUCUUCCAUGCAUUGGGAAGAUGGAAGAUCUGCCACCUUUCACUGUUCCUUCUUAUCCCACAUAACCUUCGAUCUAACAGUUUUGGGAACAAAAGGGUGCCUUCGUCUGCAUGAUUUUCCCCUUCCCUUUGAAGAUAACUUAGGGUAUGCCACCUUUUUGGAGGCCUCAGAGUUAGAUUAUGCGAAGAUCGAACCAGGAAUGUGGUGCCCUAAGCCUAAUGAGCAUGUUGUGGAGACACAGUUUUCUCAAGAAGUUUGCAUGGUCAUGGAGUUUGCUGAUCUGGUUCAGAAGGUUAAGAGAUGUGAAAUGAAGCCUCAGAAGACUUGGCCAGUUUUUAGCAGAAAGACUCAACUUGUGUUGGAUGCAGUGAAAGACUCCAUUCACAAAGGCUACCAACCUGUUCAAAUUGUGAGUUAAAAGAUGAACCAUAUAUAGCAAUUUUUUCACAGCAUUUGUCUAAUUUAUCUCAGUAAAAAUGGAGUUAAAUAAUAUUAACCUUUUCAUAAAUCAUUGGCGUGCAAUUAAUAUUUCUUACCAACCGUCUUAAAAUAUAUAUGAAA